AUGGGGUUACAAAUGGACAAUGAGUUUGCUUCUGCUUUAGCACCACUCAUCCCCACGCUUCAAAACUUGCCAAAACCUAAAGUCCACGAUGUUGAGACAAGGCGACAGAUCUUGGCAGGUUUUACGACCAACACACAAUUACCGGAUGGUGUAACCCAAACUAUCCACAAUGUCGAAACACCAGACGGCUAUUCCCUGCCAAUAUGGCACUUGAAGAGAACGGAUCGAGAUCCAAGCUCUGAGGGCGGGCCAGCAGUUCUACAUAUUCACGGCGGAGGGUUCAUCUCGUUAAGCCCGGCUGCAAUGAUGGCAGGUCUUGCGGAAUACGUGGUAAAAACCGACGUACAACUAUUCGCUGUGGACUACCGUCUUGCUCCCGAGCAUCCCUAUCCGACACCCCUUGACGACUGCUGGGCUGCGUUGACAUGGAUAAUGUCGCAAGCCAAGGAGCUUGGAGUUGAUGCGAGUCGAGUUGGUCUAAUGGGUGAAAGCGCAGGAGGUGCUCUGGCAGCAGGGUUGACACUCCUCGCAAGAGAUCGCCAAUUGCAGCCUCCAAUUGCACGGCAGAUACUUGGAUAUCCCAUGCUCGACGAUAGAAACUCGGAAACAGUGCCGGAAAAUGUGGUCACUUUAUGGAACGAGGAGGAUAAUGUCACCGGGUGGACUGCCUAUCUCGGAUCCAAGGUUCAAUCGGAUGAUGUACCAAUAUACGCUGCACCGGCUCGAGCCAAAGACGUAAAGGGUCUGCCUCCGCUGUACAUGGACAUUGGACAGCUGGAUCUAUUUGUGAAGGAAAACCUGGCGUACGUUGGAAAGUUUCUCGACGCAAUGGUGGAAACGGAAUUUCAUAUCUACCCGGGCUUGUCUCACGGUUUCGAGGGCCUUGCGCCAAAUCAUUCAGUUGCUAAAGAAAUGAGGGAAAAAAGAGUCCAGCAACUAAGGAAACUGUAA